CCAUCAAGGCUCUCAUUCUGAUUAGCCAAUGACAAAAUAUGUAUUCCCGCAGCGGGAGAGAUAUAUCCAAGACAACAGAACGUUCGUCACCUUGAGAUGUCACAGCAGAACGACAAUCAUUACCCCUGACUCAUCAAACCUCAGUCACUGCCUGUUCCAACUCUUGCCAUCAAACAAAAGACACACCUACUCUCUCUCCCUCCCCCUCUCUCUCUCUCUCGCUCUCUUUGUUUGUGUGAGCGACGGACAGACAAAAAGUUCACCUCAGUCUGCGGCAAUGGAGAUUUUGGUGACGAUUCUUCUUCUCCUCAUCCCUGUAAACUCUGCUGCUGUGAAGAAAAACCUGACAUCCACUGAAGGAGGAAACGUCACGUUCCCUGACCCUCUUCAGCAGACUGGAUUUCUUUUAUUUGGAACACAAGUCAUUGCCAUGGUGGUUAACGGAGGUCUGAACAUACCACAGAAUGUUUUCAGAGACAGAAUCCUGUGGAACAGCAGCACAGGAGCCCUCACACUCACAGGACUACAGAGAACAGACUCUGGAGAUUAUUCUAUUCAAUCUGUAGUUGAUGACGUUUCCUCCAGGUUUCUGUAUGAACUCAAAGUUUAUGAGACAGUUCCAGUUCCUUCAGUGGACAGAGUGAGUAACGACAGCUGUGUCCUCCUCUGCUCUGUGGGAGCAGCUGAAGAGACCACACUGUCCUGGUACAAAGAUGUGGAGCUGGUGAAGAGCAGCAGCUCUGCUGCCUCUCUGGAUCUCAGCCUUCAGCGUGAUGACUUCAGUGCUGAGUAUAAAUGUGUGGCUGCCAACCCGGUUGAGAAGAAACCUGUGUCAGUCCACGUUCACACACUGUGUCCAGAAGUCAGUGAAGACAACACAGGACGAUACGUUGUCCGUAUUGUCCUCAUUGUCUUUAAUGUGAUUUCUCUUCUACUGCUCGUUGUCUGUAUCCUUUUUUAAAGAGGGGGAAGAAAAGGAAACAAUCACAACACAGUCAAAUUUUGAGGAGAAGGACCAGGAUGUUACAACAAUUCCUGUUGAGCUCAGUGGAAAAACCAGAAAGUCGAAAAUGAUAAUGAAACAAAAAUGAUUUUCAAAAACUCAAACUCAAGAAGAAAUUGUAUAAUGGGAACACAACAAUUACAUUGAAUGACAUGGAAGCGGAUGAAUGAGAAAUAGAUUUGAUUUUGUUAGAUAUAAAUAUUAUUUUGAAAUAAUCAAGCUAUUGAAUUGAUGAGCAGGAUCAUAUAAAUAUGUAUUUAUUUGAAAAUGUGAAGAUACAAUGAUCAGCCAUUAUUAACAUAUUAAUAUAUGUAUAUUUUUCUACUAUUACCGUUGUCUGUAUUUUCUCUCAGCUGCAUAUUUGAUGACAUUCAUUUUAUGUUUAAACAAUGUGAAUGUUGAUUAAAAUGUUUUUAAUCAACCAAACAUUUCACA